GUAAGCUAAGGAACAUGGUGGGGAAACUGUGCAUAUGACACGUGUGAGCUGCUCAGAAAUGGCAACAGUCAGUCAGGUUAAAGAACUGGGGUUUCUGCAGGAGACAGACGCAUGGCGACUACACAGCUCUCAGUUCCCUAGCAAAGUCGGAGGGAGGCCUGCAUGGCUGGGGGAAGUCGGCGUGCCAGAGCCUGCGGCUUUACAGUGCGGACUGUGCGGAAAACCAUUGGCAUUUCUCCUGCAAGUUUACGCGCCGUGUGCUGGCAGCUUCCACAGGACCAUUUUCAUUUUCUGCUGCCGCAAUGGGAGCUGCCACAGGGAGUCCGAGGCUCAGUGUUUUAAAGUUUAUCGGAAUCAGCUACCCAGGAAGAACGACACCUAUUCUUAUGGCCCUCCUCCAGAAACAGGUCCACCUGAUGGAGAGGAUUGCAUUAGUUUCCAGUUGAAAUGUGGUCUUCGUCUUUGCAGAGUCUGUGGUUGUUUGGGACCCAAAACCUGCUCAAAGUGUCAUAAAGUUAAUUACUGCAGUAAGGACCAUCAGCUGAUGGACUGGAAAUUACAGCACAAAAAAGUAUGCAGUGAGCAGUUUGAUGUAUCUAAUAUUGAAGUUGUAGACCAUGGAUUUCUGUUCCCUGAAUUUGAGAUUGUUACUGAACCAGAGGAUAUGGAGGGUGAUAGUGGAAGCCAAGAUGAAGAAGAUGAAACAGUGACCGAGCAUGAUACCCAAAUUUUAUCAGCUGGGAUUGAAACCUCUGUGGACGGCGUGAAUCUAGAUGAGAAGGAGCUUGAAUCAAUGGCAAAGCAUGAGACAAAAGAUGAUAUGGUGUUUAAUAAUUUUAAGAAAAGUAUAGCUUUGGAGCCAGAGCAGGUUUUGAGGUACAGCAGAGGUGGUGAUCCACUAUGGAUUUCUCGCAAUCAUAUCCCUUCUGAGAAAGAUAUACCAGACUGCUCCUGUGGAAUGAAAAGAAAAUUUGAAUUUCAGGUUAUGCCACAGCUACUGAAUCAUCUCAAAGUAGACAGCCUUGGAGAAAGCAUUGACUGGGGGGUCCUGGCUGUAUUCACUUGUGCUGCCAACUGCAGUGCAGAGAACCAAUAUGCGACCGAGUUCUUAUGGAAACAGGAUGUUGCUGGCGACACACUGUGAAAAAUCUAUUUAUACCUGGCUACAUUCUUGUAGUUUACUUUGGAUGACAAUAAAACAUAUAUGGUUGUCCCUCAAAUCUUUUUAAGGAUUGUAUCAGUGAUUAAGAUCAUACAGGUAUGGGAUCAAUUAUCUGGAUCCCCUUUAUCCAGAAAGCUCUGAAUUAUGGGAUGGGCUUCUCCCAUAGACUCCAUUUUUGUGCUUGAAUUAGUUGAUUAAAAUUAUUUUUUUUUCUCUGCUAAUAAAACAGUACCUUGUACUUAAUCCCAACUAGAAUAUAUUUAAUCCUUAUAGGCAAAACAAUCCUAUUGGGUUUAUUUAAUAAACUCUAAAAAUGAAUGUGGCUAAAAAUGCCAUAUUGUAUAUACUGAACUUAUUGCACCAGCCUAAAUUUUCAGCUUGUCAAUAGCAGCAAUGGUCCAGGACUUCAAACCUGUCAUAAGGGGUCACCAUCGGAAAGUGUCUGUGACAAUCACAUGCUCAGUGGGCUCUGAGCAGCUGUUGAGAAGUUAAGCUUAGGGGUCAUCACAAAUUAUCAAGUAGAAAAUGAGGUUGGCCUGUAAUAUAAGGUGAUGCUACAGGGCUGAUUAUUAAAUUCUGAUGCUAAUUGCACUGGUUUCUGUGCUGCCAUGUAAUAAUAAUCUGUAUUAAUUUACUAAUCAGCCUUAUAUUGUGACAUUUCUAUUCUAUGUGUACUUUAUAUUGCGAGAGGGUCCCUAAGCUCAGUAAGGGACAGCAGCACAGAGCAUGUGCAAUAAAUCCGCAGAAAAAAAGACGGGGAGCUACUAGGGUAUCUUUGGAGACACAAUCUUUACUGCUAAAGGUUGCCUUGGGCUGGUAGAAGCACAAAAUAUCAUGUACAACAUUUCUACCUACUUCUUUAAUUAGGCUUUAGUUCUCCUUUAAACAAUUGUUUUAGUGUACUUAAAGUAUGGUGAUCCAAAUUAUGGAAAUAUGGAAACCCCCAGGUCCCAAGCAUUCUGCAUAAAAGGUAGCAUACCUGUACACUAAAGUUGUUUCCACCACAAUAACAUGAAUAUAAGAAAUCAUCAUACCAGCUUAAUAUGGUUUUGAGUACAGGCAAUUUAAAACACUCUUAUUGAUACACUUGGGGGCAGAUUUAUUAAGGGUCAAAAAGCUUGAAGGGUAAAGUGACAUUCACAUCUAUUAAUGUAGGACUCAGACACCAGAAUAUUUUUGUAAGGGUUAAAAAGAUUUUUUAGGAGAAGGUAACGUUAAAUGUCUGGUGUCCAGUAACCCACAUAUAAUACUCUUUAAAACUGUUUAUGACAUAAGCUAACCAAUCACAUAAAGAUCUUUGCCGAGCUUUGACCACUUGAUAAAGAGCCAGAGAUGGCUUGAAACGUUGCUACUAUUGGUCUGUGCCAUGUUUGAAUAAAGGCCUUUUUAUUACAUUAA